CAUACAUCUGUAUAUAUAUUUAAUGACUGGCACACCGACGACGCGCUUUUACUAUUUUUAAUUUUAUCAAAUCCCAUGCAAUGCAUCAUCGCCUCCCAUGUGCUCCCUCGUCAACAGAUCCGAAGGAAACCCAAAAAAAAAAAAAAAAAAAAAAAAAUCCCCAUCUUUUCUGGGCAUUGGUCCAUUUUGCCAUAUCCUAAAAAUCUCUUCUGGGCAUUCUUCAAAAUUUGAUCUUUUUUCAUAUGGAGGAUCAGCUCAAGCAACUCCGUGGAAUUUUCGAUAGGUUCGAUAUGGAUUCAGAUGGGAGCUUAACCAUCUUAGAGCUUGCGGCCUUGCUCCGUUCCAUCGGCCUCAAACCCUCAGGUGACCAGAUCCACGUCUUGUUAGCCAGCAUGGAUGCAAACGGUAACGGCUCUGUGGAAUUUGAUGAGCUCGUCGGGGCCAUUCUUCCCGACAUGAACGAGGAGAUACUCAUAAAUUCCGGGCAAUUGCUCGGAAUCUUCAGAUCAUUUGACAGGGAUGGGAAUGGUUACAUCAGCGCAGCCGAGCUUGCGGGUGCAAUGGCGAAGAUGGGUCAGCCUCUGACGUAUAAAGAGCUCACAGAUAUGAUCAGAGAAGCCGAUACCAAUGGCGACGGUGUCAUAAGCUUUGGUGAGUUUGCUUCCAUCAUGGCGAAAUCUGCAUCGGAUUUUUUCGGUAUUGCCUUGCCUUCAUGACAUUAUCCGACCCUAGAUCA